AUGGGAAGCCCCGGCCGCUUAUCUCUCGGGCCCUUUGGAACGCUUGUGGGAAAGCUGCGGAAAUCUGGAAUCGAGCUGUUUGUGAACAGGCUUGACUCCGUAGAGUCUGUCCUUCCCUACGAAUAUACUGCGUUUGAUUUUUGUCAAGCGGAGGGAAAGAAGCGUCCGUCUGAAAACCUUGGCCAAGUAUUGUUUGGAGAGAGGAUAGAACCGUCUCCUUACAGGUUCACAUUCAACAAGGAGGAGACGUGUAAAUCUGUUUGUACAAAAACGUAUGAUACCACAAAGCCAGAAGAUAAACAGAAGUUAGACUUUUUGAAAAAAAGUAUGCUACUGAAUUAUCAACAUCAUUGGAUUGUGGACAACAUGCCUGUGACCUGGUGUUAUGAUGUUGAAGACGGCCAGAGGUUCUGCAAUCCUGGUUUUCCUAUUGGCUGUUAUAUUACAGAAGAUGGCCGUGCAAAAGAUGCCUGUGUUAUUAAUUCAGAAUUUCAUGAAAAAGAUACUUUUUAUAUCUUCAACCAUGUUGACAUAAAAAUAUAUUACCAUGUUGUGGAAAAUGAAGCUCUGGGAGCAAGACUUGUGGCUGCCAAACUUGAACCAAAAAGUUACAAGCAUACUCAUCCAGACAACCCUGAUUGCUCAGGAGUACCUAUGGAUAUAAGUAACAAGGCUAACGGAGAAGUCAAAAUUGCUUACACAUACUCAGUUUCUUUUCAAGAAGAAAAAAAUAUAAGGUGGGCAUCAAGAUGGGAUUAUAUUUUGGAAUCCAUGCCUCACACUAACAUUCAGUGGUUUAGUAUUAUGAAUUCCUUGGUGAUUGUCCUCUUUCUGUCUGGAAUGGUAGCUAUGAUUAUGUUGAGGACACUGCAUAAAGACAUUGCGAGAUACAAUCAGAUGGAUUCCACUGAAGAUGCUCAAGAAGAAUUUGGCUGGAAGCUGGUUCAUGGUGAUAUUUUCAGGCCCCCAAGAAAAGGAAUGCUGUUGUCCGUUUUUCUAGGCUCUGGCACACAGAUCUUAAUAAUGACUUUUGUUACCCUGUUUUUUGCUUGCCUGGGAUUUCUGUCACCGGCUAACCGCGGCGCUCUAAUGACCUGUGCUGUAGUUUUGUGGGUGCUACUUGGAACUCCAGCUGGUUAUGUUGCUGCCAGAUUCUACAAAUCAUUUGGAGGUGAGAAAUGGAAAACAAAUGUCCUGCUGACAUCAUUCCUUUGUCCUGGAAUUGUAUUUGCAGAUUUCUUUAUCAUGAACCUCAUUCUCUGGGGAGAAGGCUCUUCAGCAGCUAUUCCCUUUGGUACUUUGGUUGCUAUUUUGGCACUCUGGUUUUGCAUAUCUGUACCGCUGACGUUCAUUGGUGCCUAUUUUGGUUUUAAGAAAAACGCUAUUGAACAUCCUGUUCGCACAAAUCAAAUUCCUCGUCAGAUUCCUGAGCAAUCAUUCUAUACAAAGCCGUUACCUGGCAUUAUCAUGGGAGGGAUUCUGCCUUUUGGAUGUAUCUUUAUACAGUUGUUCUUUAUUCUCAAUAGUAUUUGGUCUCACCAGAUGUAUUACAUGUUUGGCUUCCUUUUUCUGGUAUUCAUUAUUUUGGUUAUUACAUGUUCUGAGGCUACAAUAUUGCUCUGCUACUUCCAUCUAUGUGCAGAGGACUAUCACUGGCAGUGGCGUUCAUUUCUCACUAGUGGCUUCACUGCAGUUUAUUUCCUAAUAUAUGCAAUACAUUAUUUUUUUUCUAAACUGCAAAUCACAGGAACAGCUAGCACCAUUUUAUAUUUCGGUUAUACCAUGAUUAUGGUUUUGAUCUUCUUCCUUUUCACAGGGACAAUUGGAUUCUUUGCAUGCUUUUGGUUUGUAACCAAAAUAUACAGCGUGGUGAAAGUUGACUGAAACCAAUGUAAAGAAUUAACACAGAAGAGGUUUAAUUUUCAUUAACAUAACUUAAAGACCUGGUCUAGUUGAUGAACUUGAGCUUUAUCAGAAGUAUUGGCUUCCUAUUCUUUGAGAAUGAUACUGAAUAUGCAGCUGCCCCAAACACUUUUUCCACUAACACGUUUGUAUUGUGACUUAACAACCUGUUUUCAUUCAGAUCUUAAGGAAGAUCAGAGUUACGAUAUUUAUGCAUUUGUAAAUACAACUAUACUUUAAAAGAAAUGUUAAAUUCUAAUGGAGAAUAGAAGUGGCUGUAUUACACAACUUAAUGAUACUUCUGAUCAAAGUACAACUGUAAAUAGGUUUUUCUAGCUUGGUAGGUGGGAUGAAUUAUUUUUCUUUGAGGGAAAUGAGAACUUUUUAUUAUGCUAACUUUGAAGGAUGACUCUUAAGAAGUGUUGCUUUUAGUUUGGAUGUGAUUUUUAUUUUUACUGGUGUUAGGUCCAUAAAUAUUCUGAUUUCUGUGACUUCAUUAGUUUCAGUGUUCUUGGCCUUUUAAACUAUGUGCCUCUGAGUCCUUGAAUUUAUAAAUUCACAAUCUAAUAAAUAUUGU